AUGUUCAGCGUGAUUGCCAAGCUCAUGGACGCGCUAUUUCCGAAUUGGCGGGCCAAGUUGAUCGGCGUGUCGAGCGACGGCGAAUACGAUGACCGGGCGCCACCGCGGCCUCGUCACGAGGCUGGUGUCAGCCCCCGAGUACAAUGUCCUGCGCUUCUGGUGCGCUCCCCACCAGAUCGACAUCCUUGCCAAGCAGAGUGCCGACAGAAUCGACGGCGGGGCGUGGAUAAAGUUUGCCUAUUCCUACACCGUCUACCUGCGCGCUCAGAAAAAUUUAAUCAUAGAAAUGGACGUCAAGUGCCCCAAAAAGACGAACCGCUGGGUGCAUCUCGAAUAAGUGCUUGA